AAAAAAACAACUUUCGUCAAGGCAAAGAUAAGAUCAAUAUCUUGGACUCUUUCUUGCUUCUCAAUGUUUUGCGGCUUCAAGCAAUUUAAAAAACACACACUCAUUGAGUGUGUUUGCACAACAAAUUUCAAUGUCCGAUUACGAUUAAUGAUUUGAUUGAGUAGAAGCAAGACUCUGAGCUCACACUAUAUAACUGCCACCGAUUGCCCCUUUCACUCUCUCAUCUCAUUCCCAAAGAACCAUCUUUUUCUCUCUCACACAUAUACACAGAAAAAAAACCAAGAUACCCAGAACAAGACUUUCCCAUCUGCUUGUGUCCAUUUUCAGGCUGCAGAAGAACUGGAUACACACUAAGGGAGAAAUGGGUACAUUUACUCGGUUGCACAGCCUUUUGCUUUGCUUUCUCAUUGUUCAGAGUUCAUCAUUUCAAUCUUCUGCUACUGGGAUUGAAGCAAACCAGACAGUUGCUCUUCUCGUAAAUGCUUCUGAAGCAUCGGCUAAAAAGAUACCAUCAACCUUGUUCGGUAUAUUUUUUGAGGAGAUAAAUCAUGCUGGGGCUGGAGGAUUAUGGGCAGAGCUCGUCAGUAACAGAGGGUUCGAAGCUGGUGGACCCAACACGCCUUCGAAUAUUGAUCCAUGGUCGGUCAUUGGUGGUGAAUCAUCUCUAAUUGUAUCAACUGAACGUUCAUCAUGUUUCGAGCGGAACAAAAUCGCUCUAAGGAUGGAAGUUCUUUGUGAAUCCAAAGCAUGUCCUGCUGGUGGAGUUGGUAUUUAUAACCCUGGUUUUUGGGGAAUGAAUAUUGAACAGGGAAAGUCCUAUAAAUUAAUGCUCUAUGCUCGUUCGUUGAAGCCAAUUGAUGUAACUGUGUCAUUAACUGGAUCGAGUGGAUUGACACUGGCUACAGCUAACAUUUUGGCUUCUGAUGUUUCGAAUUGGACUAAGUUUGAGCUUACUUUACAAGCAAAAGGAACUGAUCCAAAAGCAAGGCUUCAACUGACAACCACCAAGAAAGGUGUUAUAUGGUUUGAUCAAAUAUCUCUGAUGCCCACAGACACAUACAAGGGGCACGGUUUCCGCCAAGAUCUUUUCAAGAUGUUGAAAGAUUUAAACCCAGCAUUUAUUAGAUUUCCAGGUGGUUGCUUUGUUGAAGGUGAAUGGUUAAGGAAUGCAUUCAGAUGGAAAGAAACUAUUGGGCCAUGGGAGGAAAGGCCGGGCCAUUUUGGUGAUGUUUGGCAUUAUUGGACUGAUGAUGGAUUUGGUCAUUUGGAAUUUCUUCAGCUUGCUGAGGAUUUAGGCGCUGCACCAAUCUGGGUAUUCAACAAUGGUAUCAGCCACAAUGAUCAAGUCGACACAUCCAGCAUUGCACCGUUUUUACAAGAAAUUCUGGACGGUAUUGAGUUUGCCAGAGGGGAUUCUAAGUCAAAAUGGGGUUCUGUUCGAGCUGCAUUGGGCCAUCCAGAACCCUUUGAUCUGAAAUAUGUUGCGGUUGGAAAUGAGGACUGUGGAAAGAGAAAUUACCGAGGAAAUUACCUCAAGUUCUAUGCGGCCAUUAAAAAUGCAUAUCCGGACAUCAAAGUAAUAUCAAACUGUGAUGGCUCCUCCCAGCCAUUGGAUCAUCCAGCUGAUUUGUACGAUUAUCAUAUUUAUAGCAGCGCAAAUAAUGUCUUUGCUUCGGCCCAGAAAUUUGACCGAGCGUCACGAAAUGGUCCAAAGGCAUUUGUGAGUGAAUACGCCGUAACUGGGAAUGAUGCAGGAAAGGGUAGUCUUUUGGCGGCUCUAGCUGAAGCUGGUUUUCUUAUUGGUCUAGAAAAAAAUUGUGAUGUUGUUGAAAUGGCGAGCUACGCGCCUUUAUUUGUUAACACCAAUGACAGAACGUACGUGGUGAAUUUUGGAAGCAAUAAUGUGACACUUCAAGUAUCCAUUGUGGGAUUGGAGGUGAACUCUUUGCAAUCGUCCGGCUCGACGAAGACCGUAUUAACUUCAAGCAACGUGAUGGAUGAGAAUUCUUUCCAAGUUCCUAAUAAGGUUGUACCGAGUAAAGUGGAGAUGGACGAUGUAGGGGAGGAAAUGGACGUUCUUCUUUCUCCUCAUUCUCUAACAUCACUCGACUUGCUAAUAGAUUCGAAAACUAUUCGGCUUGUGGGGUCCGAUACUGUCGAUAAAUCUUCAUAU